AUGGCAGAUGGACAAGAAGCUGAUAAGAACAUUGAGAUGUGGAAGUUCAAGAAAUUGAUCAACGAUCUCGAAGCUGCUAGAGGCAAUGGUACAAGUAUGAUUUCUCUAAUCAUGCCUCCGCGUGAUCAAAUAUCCCGGGUUACCAAGUUGUUGGGGGAUGAGUUUAGUACUGCCUCAAACAUUAAAAGUAGGGUAAAUAAACAAUCUGUGCUUGGGGCAAUUAAAUCUGCACAGCAAAGGCUUAAACUUUACAACAAAGUUCCUCCCAAUGGGCUUGUGCUCUACACGGGUACAAUUGUAACUGAGGAUGGGAAGGAAAAGAAGGUCACAAUCGAUUUUGAGCCGUUCAGGCCAAUCAAUACAUCUCUUUACCUUUGUGACAACAAGUUUCAUACUGAAGUGCUGAAUGAGCUUUUAGAAUCUGAUGAAAAGUUUGGUUUUAUUGUCAUGGAAGGUAAAGGGACCCUUAUUGGGACUUUGAGUGGUAAUACCAGAGAGAUUCUUCAUAAAGUUAGUGUUGACCUUCCGAAGAAACAUGGAAGAGGAGGGCAAUCAGCCUGA